CACUUCGUGUGUGCAAUUAAUUACAUAAGGAAAUAUAUAAAGAAAAAAUGCAACAAAGUCUCUCACUUUUUGCAUUGUUGUUAAUAUUAUGUCAAUUUGGAAAAUGUGUGGCGCAAUUACCCUAUGUUGCCUGUCCCGAUUUGUUUGAAUAUCAGGGAUAUCGUGGCCAAUACAUCGGAAUACUCAAUAUAAGACACGAUCCGCGGGUAAAAAACCAUACGCUUUUGCUGGAAUUCUCACAGGAUGGUUACUUUCAAUUGGAAAGUGCUGGUGGAAUAUCGGUGACAGAUGAUAAAGAAGUGCAAAAAGUUAAUUUACGCAAUGGUUGGCCAAUUCAUUAUCGUGUCGACUUUCCAAUGCCCCAUUUGCCACCGAAGCUGACAAGUAUUAGCUUAAAUGAUGUACAAAUCUGCAGUUCCUCGAGUUUUCCACCGCCAACAACAUCAAUUUCAUUGUCUUUUACGUUAACCUCCUCGAUUGUUCCGCUCGCAUUCUCGAGUCAAGGUCCCAUCUCGAUUCCACAAAGACGGCCGUUGGCUCCAGUUCCAGUUGAGCAAGUGCCGCAAAGAAGACCGUUACAACCACAGCAACUACCAUGGCAACAACCACAGCAACAACCACAGCAACAACCACCGCAACAACCACCGCAACAACCACAGCCACAACCACAGCCACAACCACAGCCACAACCACAGCCACAACCACAGCCACAACCACAGCAACAACCACCACAGCAACAAUUUCGUCCGAAUGUGGCACAGCCAUCGUUCACCUCCGAUCGACUUAGUGAUGUUUGCGGCCGGGAAAGGUUAACAUCGACUCCGCUAAUUUUUGGCGGCAUUGCCUUAGAGGCUGGCCAAUUGCCAUGGCUGGUCGGUCUGUUUGAGAAACGUCAAGACCAUGGCUUAGGGUUCUUCUGUGGCGGUACUCUGGUAUCCAAAUCCACUGUCAUUUCGGCUGCACAUUGCUUUCGUCAUCCUGGUCGCGAUCUCCCAGCAAGUCGGACAGCCGUUUCCAUGGGUCGCAACAACUUGGAUAUUUGGGCGGAUGGUGAACUCGUGAAUGUGACGCAGUUACAAUUUCACAAAGACUACGAUCUGAAUGUAUUUUUAAACGAUAUAAUUUUAAUUAGACUGGAAAGAAGUGUCGGAUUCACCAACUACAUAGUUCCAAUUUGCCUGUGGAACACAAAUUAUCGUCUGGAAUUGCCACAGGGACAGAAAUCCUAUGUGGCUGGCUUUGGACCCGAUGGCAAAGGCAAUGAGAAUACCGAUGUGGCAAGGGUCACUGAUACAGAUAUUGUCGUUGCACCAAGAUGCAGGCAAGAGCUGCCAGAUCGCCUAGUCCAACCGAAUACAAUCUGUGCCAAGAAAGUCGGUUCCGGUCCAUGUUCAUCUGAUGCCGGUGGCGGCCUUAUGGUGAGAGAAAAUGACAUUUGGGUACUGCGUGGAAUUGUAGUGGGUGGUGCGAUAAAUGUUGAGGAGCACACCUGCGACCUUAAACUGCCGGUUGUCUACACGGAUGUAGCCAAACAUAUUGCCUGGAUCCGUGAGAACAUGUGGGAUUGAUGUACCGCCCCGUUCUCUUCCCUGCCUAAAUCCUUUAAAAUGUAAAGAAAGUAUCCUAAUAAAAAGAGAAAAACAAAA